AGAAGGUUUGCCAGAUUUUGAGAAACAUCCAGAAGUGAUGCAGGCUUUGGACGAUCUUCGUGGUUUGAUAGUACAGUACAAACGUAUGCGCAGUAACUGCUUGGAUUUCAUGUCUUCCAUUCUACCAUUGAAUUCUCCGCUCAGAUAUUUCCGCUUAGCGGAAUGCGAUUUGCGUUAUGCUGCAGAAGUUUACGAACCAAUACAUAUGGAGGAUAAAGCAGAAUAUCGAAAACGUAACCGUGUGGUUGAAAUAGAUAAUGAUGAUGAUGAGCAGGAUUAUUCUUCAAACUCAGAGUAUACCGAAAAUUACAGCUACACCGGAGAUUUCGAAAAGUAUGAAGAAAAUGACUACCGUGAUAUUUCUGAAGCUCGGGAACAUUUGGAUGAUAUGGAUAACGUGGAAGCGGAUGAAAUGGAAGUAUGUGAAGAGUCAAUCAAGUCUGAAUACUGCGAAGAUUUGGAAAACUCCCUAAUAGUGGCAAACUUUGAUUUGAUCAGAGGAAAUAAAUCUGAAACAAUGGAAGCUAGUGGAGAAUCGAACGGAUCCAUGCUUUCCGAAUGCUGUUCAGCAAGUAGCUCAUCAGAAUAUGAAGAUGUUUCCGAUGACGAAGCAGGAGAGUUCGAGAGAAAAGUUGAAGAAAUGACAUCUGAGCAGCAGGAGAAGCUUCUUUUACAACUAGUCAAUGAGAUAGAAAAAGAAAUCGGAGGAGAUUAUAACAAGAUGUUGAAUCAGCUGUUAGAAACUGAAUCUGAACCAGAGAAUAGCGAUGGAUUGGAAUACGAUUCUGACGAGAUGCGUGAAGAACAAUCCGCAGAAGAUUCUGACGAUGGAAGCGAUGAUUCUGAAAAGACAUCCGAUAAAGAUUCAGAGGAAGCAUCUGAUGUUGACUUUGAUGCUCUAUCUGAAAUGGGAGAUGUUUAUAGCGGAAAGCUUGCGCAAAUAUUAAGUGCUAAAGCUAAAACAAUUUCUGGAGAUGAGUCUGAAGAAACAUCUGAAGAAGAUUCUGACGAUACAUCUGAAGACGAUUCUGACGAUUCAUUUGAAGAUUCCAACGAUACUUUUGAAGAAAACUUUGAAAAAGUAUCUGUAGAUGAAUCAGACGAAAUUUCUGGAGCAGAAACUGAUAUUACAGACGGAUCUCGUGAAAAUUUUGAUUUAGUAUCAGGAGAUGACUCGGAUAACUCAUCUAGUGAAGAAAGUGAAGAAUCAUCUGAAGAAUUAUCGGAAAGCGCAUCUGGUGAAGAAAUGAGAGAAGAUUCUUGUAACGAAUUGGAAGGAAUAUCUGGAGAAGAAUUGGAAGAUGAGUCGGAGGAAUCCGAAGGCAUAGAGUACGAAUCUGAGGAAGGAUCUGAUAGUUUUGACGAGAUUUAG